CCUUCUUUUUUCGUCAUGUACCGACUCACAUGUAUUUGAGUACGAGAAGCGAUUACAAGAGAAACCACGAGAAAUAUGGUGGUUGAUGGAAAAUUGUAGAUGGUGUUCUUUUGUUCGUGCAUAACUGUGGUGAAUUUUAACAAAUGUUAAAGUGUGCUUUGAAAUCUAGUUUCCACGGGAUAGAAUCGUGAAAAUGUCUGCAAUGCAUUUUGUAGUUCAUCCUUUGCCUGGGACGGAGGAUCAGUUGAUAGACAGAAUUAGAGAAGUAGCAGAACGUUGGAACCGAUAUGGAACAGGUGCAGGUUCUUCAGCUCUCAGUUCACUGAGAGGUGUACGGGCUGUUGCUGCUGGGCCUGCCCAUAUUGCAUGUUUGUUGGAAGAUGGAACCAUAUGUAGAGCUGCUUUCUCAAUCAUCCCUGAUAGAUUGGACCUGAGUAAAUCAGAUGCUAGCAAGAAUGGAGGAAAUGGCGGUGGCGGAAGUGGUGGAGGUGGAACGAGUGGUGGAAAGCAAGGAGGCAGCAGUGGUAGUUGUGGAUCUCGCCAACAGCCACGCACUCGAGCUCGAAUUAUGAGAAAUUCUAUUCGUGCUGCUCCUAGUUCUCAAGGGUCUACAAGUCGUGCCACUGGUGUUAUAAUUGGAGCUUCAGGUUCAGGGCGAGUUGUUUCUAUGCCUGCUCCUUUUGUACCUGAAGAUCUUGUCACACAGGCUCAAGUUGUACUCCAAGGCAAAAGUAGAAGCCUCAUCAUCAGGGAGCUACAACGCACAAACCUGGACGUGAAUCUUGCGGUGAACAACCUACUGUCGCGCGACGAUGAAGAGGGCGAGGAGCCAGAGGGAGGUGAAGGUGGCGACGGUUACGUUCCUGAGGAUCUCAUUUCACUGCUCGACGGAGGAUUCCAUGCAGCGCAACAGGACCACUCCGUCAUCAUUGAUGCUGACGCAAUGUUCUCCGAGGACAUCUUCGGGUACGCGGCUAUCAGAAGUCGCAGUGGAGGCGGCGGUGGUGGUGGCAGCGGUGGCCGCAGUGGCGCCAGCCGUGAGAGCAGCAGCUCAGCCCAAGAGCGAACUUCAGAGUUUCGUUGGCGUGAGCGUCAGUACUUUGGACCACGUCGAUGGCUGGAAUCAGCCCUUAGAGAUACGUCAUCUUGGGAUAAAGAUGGAACUGAAAGUAAAAAAAAAGAGUCCGGUUUGGCAGCUUCGCCUCUUUGGGUUUCUGAAGAACUAGAAUACUGGGAUAGUAAUGUGAGAUUUACGCGAAUUGCUGCAACGUAUAGUGAACUGGUUGCAAUUUCAACCAAUGGGCAGCUUUACCAGUGGCGCUGGGCCGAUGCGCACCCAUACCAACGCAAUGAGGGUACCAAUUGUGCCUUUCAUCCGCGAUCCAACUGGCUGGGAUUGACAUCGAGUGAACGUAUUGUCAACGUUAGCGCGGCUGGCAUACGCGUAUCUGUGCUUACUGAUACUGGACGCAUCGCUACAUUCCUUGAUGAAUCUAUAGCUCACGCUCCUGGUGCAUCUCGGUUGGAACACCCCUUACAACCAUUUAUGGAAUUUGGAUCUGACAAACCUGUAUCCUUGCACGUAUGCUCUUUGUACACAGUUGCGAAGCUAGAUUCGGGAGCUCUUUAUUGGUGGGGAGUUUUGCCAUUGGGACAAAGAGCGCGUCUAUGGGAGAAGCAUCGCGCAAGAUCUCGCAAACAACAGCGAGGCCAUUUUUCCACUACACCACAGGACCUACAAGCAGGACAGAGUGUCACUAUGAAAAAUGCGCCUAUGUACCAACCUGGUGCUAUUGGUUUUAACAUGUCUACGGGAGUGCCUAAAGUCGGUAUUCUACAAAAUGCAGCAUGGAACCUAUCAGAUAUGUGUCGCUUCAAAUUGUUGCCAGCACCUCAACCAGAUCGCUCUAUAUCGGACAAGGACAAAAGGGAUUUACAGAAUCAGUCUCCGCUCACUGUUUCAUCGGUAAAAGCUUCGUCGUCCAGUGGUAACAACAAGGAUGGCAACAAAGAUAGCAACAAAGACAUGGCUGAUAGACUUGAUAUGCCACCACCACCUAGUCCCGCAUCAUCCACAUGCAGUGACACUAGCACUUCACAUAAACGUGCUAAAAGAGUAACAGUGCGUGGUGAGGAGGGAUCUUCUAAUGAUGGAUCUAAACGCGAUGAAGAAGAAUGGCCUCUCAAGGAAGUAGUUUUUCUAGAAGAUGUUAAAAGUGUACCACUAGGCCGUGUACUAAAAGUCGACGGCGCUUAUGCUGCCGUACGAUUCCCAACAAUCGGAAAAGAUGGGAAAGAAGUGGUACCAUCUUCUGGAGAUGACUGGACCACGCUGCUACAAGACUGUCGUCUUGUGAAGAAAGAUGAUCUCGUCGCGGUCAAAAGUGGGACAGGAGGAGCUACUGGUCCACGGGGACCUGACUGUGUACAGCGUUCUCCCAGAAAGAUUGCAUUGCCUCCCGAAGUGCAAGUUUUGACAAUUGCUGUUGAUAACCGCGGUGUGCACGCAGUAGUGCGACGACCUGGCGGCACGCUUGCUUAUGCCGUGUACGCCGUGGGAACCACACGUGCACUCACUGAUAGUGUCUUCCCCACGGACAACAAUGCUCUACUCGGCCAUUCAGGUGGUCAAGCCAUCCAGCUCACCACUGCUGCUGAGGGAAGCGAGCCUGUGGUGAUGUUGGUGGACGGGAACAGUGCGAUGUACCCACUGGCACGUGACUGCGUGGGCAUGGUGCGCGAGCCGCCCCCGCUGAACCUGGCGCCGGCCCGUGCUCUGGCUGCACACGCGCUCCCACUCCAUCCACACGCUCCACACCACCAUCAAGCAGCACUCAAGUCACAGGUUGCCCUGAUAAUAAUAGUACCCGAGCCCCAGCUGAUGAUGCCACGCGUUCUCCGUUGCGACUUGGAUGGCGUCCGACAGUUGCUACAUCAACUUGAAAAUGAAAAUAAUAAACAACAAAUCGUAUCAAUUCUCCAAGAACGGUGUGAUGGCAAUAGAAACAUUCUUCAUGCCUGCAUACAUAUGUGUGCUCCUACCUCAAAUAAGGAGCCUGAUAUUGUCGAAAAUUCAAUGCCAAAUCUCGCAAGUGGCACUACUGGAGCUGCAGCAAAUGCGGAAGAAGCAGUACCUGCUAUAUCAUGGCCACCUGAGACUUUUGAGGCGUCCGGUGAUGAAGACAGUUUGAUGGGACUAACUAAUAAUGGAAAAAUAUCGGGCAGUGGUAAUAGUUCCGGUGGUGCAGUAAGCUCGGAUCCCGCCGAACGUCGUGGCAAUGCUCUUACUGCCUUACGUGCACUCUGUGAGAGUGCUGCGCUCAAGCCCUAUCUCUUGCAGUUGCUUAUCGCAAGAGAUGGAAUGGGACAAACUCCGUUAAUGGCAGCUGUGGCCGAGCGCGCUUACCGCGCCGCUCUUGUGUUGCUCGAUGCGGUACGCGCGUGCUCCGACGCAGACGAGGCACAGCGCUCAGAAGCCAUAUUUCCACCAAAUGCACAUCCGGAUCACUCACCCUUACUUGUUCUUUGCUGUAAUGACACCUGUAGUUUUACUUGGACAGGCCAAGAACAUAUUAAUCAGGACAUAUUUGAAUGCAAGACUUGUGGACUCACCGGAUCUCUAUGCUGCUGUACUGAAUGUGCCAAGGUUUGCCACAAAGGACAUGAUUGUAAGCUAAAACGUACGUCACCUACCGCUUAUUGUGACUGCUGGGAGAAAUGCCGGUGCAAAGCACUCGUUGGUGGCAACUGGGCGGCUAGAUGCGAACUGUUGACUCGCCUCGCCCGUGAUACACAACUUGCGACUCAUUUUAACUCAAGGGGUGAAUCGAUCCUGCUGUUUCUAGUUCAGACAGUAGGUCGUCAGGCUGUUGAACAACGCCAGUUCCGCGCUGGUGGAGGACGAGGUCGGGGUCCCCGCAAACAGCCUGGCUCUGAUGCUGAAGUAGAUGCACCGGAUCAUGAUCUUGAACCCCCACGGUUUUCACGAAGAGCUUUAUUGCAUUUGCUCGCGGAUUGGCCAGCUGUAGAGGCGGCUGUGAUGUGCGGCGCAAGCGGUGCCCCGGGCGAGGAGAGUCGGCCCGGCACCCCCACGCCGCACCAGUCCGGCACCACACUGCUCGACAAGUUUACCCAUGCUCUCAUAGUUAAAUGUACAAGUAACGAGAUGUUGGAUACCCUACUGCAUACAUUGAUUCGUGAGCAACAAAAUGAUUCGAUCCCAGGACGAGCUGAACGCGCUCGCGAAGUUGCACGACGAUUUGUACGCUCAGUUGCCAGAAUUUUUGUUAUAUUUAGUGUUGAAAUGGCACCCGGAGCUGCCAAAAAGAAAGGACCACUUUCGAUAACAUCUUCACUAGUCCGUUGCCGUCGCGUCUUUGCUGCAUUAGUUGCUCUCUCUGUUGAAGAACUAGUAGAAGCCGCUGAUGCUUUACUUGCCCCAGUUCGACUUGGUGUUGUUCGUCCUACAGCACCCUUCCCUCUGGCAACUACAUAUGUUGAUCUUGUGAAUGGGAGCGAAGACUUGUUCGGAGUGGAACCACUGUCGACCGGACACUCGCGUCUUCCACACACCCGAAGGGAAUCAAAUGCUGCUGGUGGUCGUAAUGCAGCAUCCGGUGGUGCUUCCAUGGGAAAUUCCUCAUUAGCACCAGAUCGUUCUUCGACACCGGUAGCUACCGAAUACGCGGAUGACGUUGCGGGAGAGGCACUUGGCGGAGAUGACGAUGCGUCUGAAACUGACGAACCCAAUGCUCCUGCUCCUGCCCAGCAAAAUGAUGUGCAGCAUCAUGAUGAUGCUAUGGGCGAGAGGGGUCAAGAGCAACAAGUUGUAGUUGAAAAUGGGACUGAACGUGCUGAAGGUGGCGAAAGUGAGAGUGAACUAGACCUUCUUGCUGAAGUCGAAACAGAAAGCGAUUCUGAUGAUCAAGACAAUGCUGAGUCAGCUCAGCGCAGUGUUCAGACGGGAGCUACACAGGGCUCUGAUGCGGGAAUAGCAUCGCUGUUACUGUAUCCAGAGGAAGAGAGCGGUGACUCGACCCAGCCCGAAGAUGAAGACUCUGAGGCCGGUGAGACCGACGAGCAGGACGGCGAACCCGACCCGCCGCUACAUAACGGCGAGCCGCUCGAGAGACACGCCGCCCCGCCCGCCAGACCUAACCUCACCUCGCACUCCAUGCAAUGGGCCAUACGUUCACGAGAACCUACCCGAGGAACGAGCGGCAGCACGGGAAGCGUACGUCUGACGGGCAACUCAUCGCUAGUGUUUAUUGAUCCGGUGUCUCUGCGUCGUUCCACCGCCGCUGCCGCGGGUGCACAUGACCCUCACUCAACAUCCACUACUGCUUCUUGCCUCGCCAGAGCUUUCGGUAUAGUGAUCCGUCAAAUCGCCGCCUUGCUUUGGGAAUACGAGCGCGUUACUUUACCAUUACCCCGCGUGGUUCCACUCGCGUACAGAGAAGGACUGCGCCUACAAUGUUAUCUUGAGAGACAAUUGAAGCCCACCUGGGAUUGGCUUGUUACUGUUAUGGAUGCCACUGAAGCACAACUCCGAUUCGGCGCAUCCUUAACUUCUAACAAUGCGGGCAGUUCAAGCGGCGACACUGGACGUUCGAAUACAACCACAACGCGACGGACGACUACAUCCCUAGCAUCCCUUGCUACUCGUAUUAUUGGUUUCUCUGAAGGACCGAGAACCAGAGAUCGUGAACAAGGUGUUGAAGCAGGCAGCGCUCGUCGAGAGUUCCUUGCCUAUUGCCUAUCUCUGCUGAGAGCACACAGCGCGGAACAUGCCGAACAACUGCCUGUAUUAGAUGUAGCAGCUCUUAAACACGUCGCCUAUGUCCUUGAUGCAUUGGUCUACUACAUGCGUGCUGCCCAACCUCAGCCCCAUCACCAUUAUCAUUUGUGGACGCCGGAUGAAAAUGAAAAUGAAGAAGGCGAUGAGGAGAUGGUGGUCGGUAAUGGAGCUACUGCCGAAUCUGAUGGCGAGGGCGAUGGGGCACGUGGCCGCGGACAUGCCUUCUUUCAGAGAUCAGACUCAACACUUUGCCUCGGAUGUCCCCCACCUGAUCCUUUUAAUAUGAGCAUGCAAGAAGCUUUGCCUCUGGCCGAUCAGCCUCAGUUGCUUCAACCUAACGCUCGUCGUGAAGAACUGUUUGGUAAGCCUCGGCAGCCGGUAACCGUGCCGCCCGCCGGUGACGCGCCACCGGGGAUCAACAAUCCACUCGAAGUAGUUCCACGCCGUUUGGGAUUGUCAACUCGAGGUAGUGACCGCGGCUGGUCGCCGCCCGCGCGCCCCGCCUCUGCCCCUCCUGCGCACACGCACACAAUCACUAGAGAUGAACCACAGGAUUUAUCUUGCGCCAAUAAGGACCCAGCAACGAAAAUGGAUGUAGAUACCGAUGGUGAAUAUAUGUCGGAUUCCGACUCUAACGAAGGAAGACAGAUACCGAGGAAGAAACACCACAGACAUCCACACUCUACUACUAUUCCUGGAAGCAAUUCUAUGCAAGAGCCUGUCGUGCAGCCUUCAGAGUUUCAUGCCCUAGUCGAUACUGCCUGCUCGAUGAUGGAAGCUCCACACCAACGAACUGUUGCCACUUCACCCACUCCUGGGCCAAGUACCUCCACAGGCACAUCUACCGAACCUCGAGCCUCAACUUCGCGAAGCCCUGGCAAGACUGUUAUUGUACGUGCUGGGGAAUUACUGAGUGCUGCAGAUCCACUGGAAUCUCAAGAGAUAUCGGCGCAUGUCACGGUAGAAACUACGGGAUUGCCUCUGCAACCUGUAUUACCAACACUCAAUGCUCAAAAUCAACCACGAGCGUGUCCCUCUCUGGGUGCAUCAGUUUCCCACGAUCUUUUGCUUGGCCGUUGGAGGCUGUCUCUCGAUUUAUUUGGUCGAGUUUUUACCGAAGACGUUGGUUUGGAACCUGGAUCCGUUGUAGCUGAACUAGGCGGGUUCAGAGUAAAGGAGGUGAAGUUUAGACAUGAUAUGGAAAAGCUUAGAAAUUCACAGCAGAAAGACUUGACUCUGCACAAGAUGGAACGUGACCGUUCAAAACUCUUACAACAAACGUUCGCGGAGCUGAAUGGUGCGUUUGCCGGACAGAAUAGACGAGCACAUAGCGCACAACCUCCACUGGCUGUAAAUCGCGUCAAGGUUACGUUCCGAGAUGAACCCGGUGAAGGAAGCGGCGUCGCAAGAUCCUUCUACACUAGUGUAGCAGAGGCUUUACUUGCAAAUGAAAAACUGCCUCCCCUUGAAUCCGCAACUGGCAACAAUAGCACAAAUAGCAGUACUAAUGGAACAUCUGGGCCUUCUGGCAAUGCCGCUGGUGGCACUGGGAGCAGCAGCGGCGCACGGAGCGGUGCAGGACGUGCGCGUUCAAAGGAAGCAACGCGUCGUGCGGCCGGCCGUCCCGCGCCGCGCCCUGCGGCCUCCCGGGAGCCGCGACGUGUGCUCAGUGUUGAUGCACGACCAUACUCUCCCCAGGCUGCUCCCGGAACCGAAGGAGCUGGAUACAGUGGAGAAAGAUCUGGAGGACACAAUGAACAUCUUACACAUCACCAGGCUCAAUUGGGAGAACGCCUAUAUCCAAGGGUACACUCUCUACACCCAACAUUUGCUGGAAAAAUAACAGGUAUGCUGUUAGAAUUGACACCUGCGCAACUUCUGGUACUGCUGGCCAGCGAAGAUGCUUUGCGACAGAAAGUACGCGAAGCCAUGGAUCUCAUCGUAAUGCACCCUUCAGAGGCAAUAUUAGAUCUAGAUGUAUUCUCACUAUCCGAACGAGGCGGCGGAUCUGGUAGCGGGUCCAGCGCAAACGGAGCUGCUCCAAUCACUGACGACGCCGCCCCUCUGUUCUACUCGCCCGGGAAACGGGGUUACUACUCACCUAGACAAGGACGCGCCGCUCCAGAAAGAAUAAAUGCUUUUAGAAAUGUUGGAAGAAUCAUUGGACUUUGUCUCUUGCAAAAUGAGCUGUGCCCCAUGUUCUUAAAUCGGCAUGUUUUAAAAUACAUCCUCGGGCGGCCAAUUCGAUUCCACGAUUUGGCAUUCUUCGAUCCAAUCGUAUAUGAGAGCCUGCGACAACUUGUAGUCGAUGCUGAAACUGGGGAUUCUCAGUCACUUUUCGCAGCUCUAGAUCUCAACUUUAGUUUGGAAAUGUGCGAAGAGGAAGGUGGUGGCUGUGUAGAACUCAUACCGGGCGGACGAGAACUUGAAGUAACUGCGCACAAUGUUUAUGAUUAUGUACGCAAAUAUUCCCAACAUAGAAUGUUGAUUUCUCAAGAAAAGGCUCUUGAAGCAAUGCGAGUUGGGGUUCUUGACGUGUUACCAGAAUCUGCGCUAGAAGGUUUGACGGCGGAGGAUUUACGUCUACUGCUGAAUGGAGUUGGAGAUAUAAAUGUAGCAGCUCUAGUUUCUUACACUAGUUUCAAUGAUGAGAGUGGCGAACAGCCAGAGCGGCUGGCUCGUUUUAAACGUUGGCUAUGGGCUAUAGUUGAUAAAAUGACACAUUUAGAAAGACAAGAUUUAGUAUAUUUUUGGACUGGAUCGCCAGCCUUGCCUGCUUCUGAAGAAGGUUUCCAACCAAUGCCAUCAGUUACUAUACGACCAGCUGACGAUGCGCAUCUCCCCACUGCUAACACAUGCAUUUCGCGGUUGUACAUACCAUUGUAUUCUUCGAGACAUGUUCUCAAACAUAAACUACUUUUAGCUAUCAAAACUAAAAACUUUGGCUUUGUGUAGUUUAGUUGCCAAAUUAUUUAAUUUAUUAGUGUUAUAAUCCCAGUCAUGGAAGACUGCCGAUGUGCUAUUUAUGUAUGACAUAAUAAAAUAGGUCCUACGUUUUACAAUGUAUUAGUAACACCUUUUUUUUCUCAAAUAAAAUAAUCAUCUAUCUGACAAUCUGUAUAAUUUUAAUUUUAUACUUUCAAUUAGCCUGUCUAUAGAGGUCACUGAAAAUCAUUUUAGUAUAUGCAUAGAUUUGUAUAUCAAUAUUCUUAUUAUUCUUCUUACCGACUUUAACAUGACUGGGUUUCUGACUGAAUAGUAAUAUUCAAAAUUUAACAACAACUGAAAGGUCCGAAGAUAAUACCCGGACAAGCACAUGUUUAAAAAUUUAACAUUGUAGACUGUAGGUAUUUAACUUAUAAAAAAAAUUACAGCUAGAUCUUUGUUCAAAAACUAUUGUAAAUUUUGUUCCCAUGUUUUGUCGUAAGGCCUAACAUAUUUUUGCAUUUAGUUGCUUUCCUUGUUACAAUAAUUAUUGUCUAGCAAGGCAGUGCAACUAACAAUAAAAUUGUAACUAGCUUCAUUAUUAGUAUUGAAUAUAUACUAAGGUAGUAAGAAUAUAAUAGUGGGUAUACUGCUACAACUGAUUGGGUGUGCUUGGUUCAGAGGCAUAAGAUCCGAGCGAUUAUGGUUUUGUGAUAUCAGAGGAAAUUUAUGCGCCUCACUCUCUAAAAAUAAAUAUUAAGAUUAGAUUUUUUCCUUUGAUUAGUUGUAUUCAUAAUAAACAAUCUCAAAACGGCUUA